AUGGGAAACCAAACAUCAGUGAUAGAGUUCAGCCUUCUUGUACUGACAAGUGAUGCCAAGCUUCAAGCUGUGUUUUUCCCUUUUCUGCUAUUAACCUAUGUCUUAAGUAUCGUGGGAAACUUGACGAUCAUCAUUCUGACCCUGCUGGACUAUCGCCUUCAGACUCCUAUGUUCUUCCUCCGGAAUUUCUGUUUGGAAAUAUCUUUUGUCUUUGUCUUUGUUCCCAAAUUGUUAGUCCAUAUUGGAACUGGAGACAAGACUAUCUCCUUUGCUGGUUGUUUCACUCAGUACUUUUUUGCCAUCCUUUUGGGAGCAACCGAAUUUUACCUUUUAGCUGCCAUGUCCUUUGAUCAAUAUGCUGCCAUUUGCAAACCUCUACAUUACACGACUCUAAUGAGCAGAAGACUCUGCAUUCAACUUGUCCUAUGUUCCUGGUUCUCUGGCUUUUUAGUUGUCAUUGUGCCCCAUGUAAUGACUCUCCAGCUGCCUUUCUGUGCCUCCAACGUCAUCAAUCAUUAUUUCUGUGACUAUACGGUACUGUUGCAUUUACCCUGUUCAGACACAUGUUUCAUAGAAGUGAUUGAGUUUGUCUUUGUUGCCAUUACCGUCAUCUUCACCUUGAUGCUGGUGAUUCUUUCCUAUACAUACAUUAUCAGGACAAUUCUGAGAAUCCCAUCUGCUCAACAAAGAAAAAAAGCUUUUUCUACAUGUUCUUCUUACAUGAUUGUGGUCUCACUUUCCUAUGGAAGCUGUAUCUUCAUGUAUAUAAAUCCCUCUGUGGAGGAUGCUGCAACUUUUAAUAAGGGAGUGGCUAUUUUAAAUACCUCAGUUGCCCCUCUCUUGUAG